CCUCCGAGCGAGCCUCGUUCACAGGUGCCAGAGUGCGCGUACAUACAUAGCCAUCUGCUGUCGUCCAUCGGUCGGCCGAUCUCCGCGAGCUCGGGUGGCACGGGAGUGUGUCCUUCGUACCCCCGUUUCCCCGGUGCCCCGAGCCCGCGAGAGGCCCACACCUGCUACGAAAAAAAAAAAAACAAGCCUGCGGGCUAGACCGAUCCGCAAAGAUGUCGCACCCACGGGGGCUGACGCUGCUACUGCUGCUAGUGGUCCUGAUCGGUAAGUCGCGCUGCGAUCGGCCGACGGGCGUGUACGUCGACAACGGCUUCGACCAGACGGUCGUGCACAAGGUGGUGACCGAGCGCGAGAAGCGCGAACUCGAGCACGAGAUCCUGAACCUCCUGGGCCUCCCGGAGCGCCCGCCCAAGGUACACGCGAGCAGCAACAACAGCAGCAUCGGCAGUGGCGCGCCCAGGGGCCCGAACAAGCGCUCGGCCCCGAGCAAGUUCCUCCUGGACAUCUACACGAACGCCCUCGACGAGGAGAAGCAGCGGCAGGGCUCCGAGUUCGGGCUGAGCGGCCAGGACCUGAGGGCUAUCGAGCAGAGCGACGUGAUCAUGAGCUUCGCCGCGCACAACCACCACGUGCCCGGGUUGAGGCACGAGCGGGGCAAGCGGCUCUGGUUCGACGUGUCCGAGGCCACGGCCAUGCCGGGCAGCACGGACCUGAGCCUCACCCUCCUCGGGGCGGAGUUGAGGUUGUACCGGUCGCCCAAGCCGGGCUCGAAGAACCAGGGGGCGUACACCCUGACGGCUUACCGGGUGCUCGGGCUCGAGAACAACGAGCGGGAGCUGCAGUUCGUGGACGCGGUGAACGCGAGCGCCGGGCGCACGGGCUGGCUGACCUUGAACGUCACGGCGGCGGUGCGCCACUGGGUGAGGGACCCGGCCGGCAACCGGGGACUGUACUUGUCGGUCCACCCGGCAGAUCGGCGGGUGCACGAGGUGAGGCCGGAGGACGUGGGAAUCGCGGGGUUCAAGGGCCAGGCCGAGCACCAGCCGUUCAUGGUGGGGUUCUUCAAGAGCUCGGCGGCCCACCGGCAGCGCCAGCAGCAGCAGCACCAGCGACUGGCCGCGGCCAUAUCGGCCCGGAGCUCGAGCAUCAUGACGCGGGGCGGGCGGGCGAAGCGCGAGGCCAAAAAGUCCAAGGGCAAAAAGUCGAGCGAGUUCUCGAGCAUCGAUUAUAGGAGCAACCCUUACGCGGAUCCGCAGAUGUCAUCCGGUGGAUACGGUGGUGGUGGUGGUGGCAACGACAACGGCGGUGGUGGUAGCUCGAGGACGUGCAAGAUCCAGACGUUGUACGUGAACUUCCGGGAUCUACAGUGGCAGGACUGGAUCAUAGCGCCGGACGGCUACGACGCCUAUUACUGCAGCGGCGAGUGCAAUUUUCCCCUGAACGCGCACAUGAACGCGACGAAUCACGCCAUAGUGCAGACGCUCGUGCAUCUGGUCAAUCCGGGCAAGGUGCCCAAGCCGUGCUGCGCCCCGACCAAGCUGUCGCCGAUCUCGGUGCUCUACUACCAGGACGAGAGCAACGUCAUCCUCAGGAAGUACAAGAACAUGGCCGUCAAGAGCUGCGGGUGCCAUUGAGUGGUGCGGUGUCGUUUUUCUUCUUAUUCAUUAUUUUUAUUGCUGCUCGUUUUCAACUCCGGUGCGAGUGGCAGAACGAUCGAGAACUGGUGGCAUUUUUUUUUUUUCCCCACCUUUAUUUGCAGUGAACACUUGUGCUCGUUACUCUUUUUUCACAGUGGUUAUUGCGUCGGUACUUGUUGAGUGCACGGGACUGCGAAAAAAUGAUGUGUACAGUUAAGAUGUGAAUGUUGUCGAGCGACUCCGUUUUGUAAUAUAUUAAUCGCUAUCGAUCUAUGAGUUUAAAAAAUACAUGUG